GGUAAAGCGCCUGGCCCUAUACGCCAUUACAUCGCAUUAUUGUACGGGAUCAACACAACGAAAUAGGUACAAGCCAAGAGAUGCUGCGCUGCUUAAGAACUCCUCAUUUGCAUCUGCGUUUAAGCAAACACUCUCGACAGCAUGCCAUUCAUACCUGUCGAAAAUGUAUUAUAGUACAUAGCCGCGACUCUCUUAAUCUUAAUAACGCGACUGGGACGGUUGCACGGCAGCUGCGAUGGGAAGAGCAAAUUGCCUUGGGGCGCCUUGUCAUCAGACCCCUUGAACAGAGCGACAUUCAGGCAGCUGGAGUGGUCCUGGCGCGCGCGUUUGCUGGGUCCUCCGAAGCCGUGGCGCUGGAUGGAGUUUUAGAUGACAUCCAAGGAGUGCUACAUGACGCAUUAGCGCAACAUGAAGAUGGCGGUUUACAGCAGCUACCCGAAAUCUUCUUGAUUGCACGCCUCUAUCCAGGAGAUCCACGGGUCACCGCGCUGCCCCCAGGCCAGGACUCCCGCCUCGUCGG